AUGAGCUCCUCCGCCGCCCCCGUCGCCAAUGAUGAUGGUUCUCUCCGCCAACGACAGAGGCGGACGUCUUCUGCUGGCGACAGCGAGCAUCUAAACCCCUCAACUGCCAGCGACGACCAAUCCGACACGGGCAAGGGCCUCGAGCAGAAGCCCAAGAAGACGUUUGGUCGAACCCCCGAUGGCACAGUCUUCACCGUUCCCACGACCCAUGACAUGGUGUCGCAGCUGCUUGAUCCGAGGCAGCCCAAGAACCUCUCUGACGUGCUCGUGCUCGCCAUUCUCGCCCUUCAAAUCGGCGCGGCCUACCUUCUCCCCGCCAACAUGAAGCGCCCCGUCUUUGCUCUCGUGUUCCUCUUUUGGCGUGCCGCCUAUAACAUUGGCAUCGGCUACCUCCUCACCAUCCAAUCCAACCACCGCAGGCUGGAGACAUGGGCCGCCAGAUGGAAGCUCUUCGAGCACCCAAGCUCCGGCAAGCAGCCCCGGCCUUGGCUCUACAACAUGCUUAAGCGCGAGCUCGAGGCUAAGAUCCCCGAGGACUACGAGUUCGAAAAGGCCCCUAUGGAGUACAACACCUGGCUCGUCUUCCGUCGCGUUGUCGAUCUGAUUCUUAUGUGUGACUUUGUGUCCUACUGCCUCUUUGCUAUCAUCUGCGGCCACACCCCCCAGGGUGAGAACGUGCUGGUCGGUGUCGGUCGGUGGUCUAUCGGCAUUCUCCUGGUUCUCUUCAACCUGUGGGUCAAGCUCGACGCUCACCGUGUUGUCAAGGACUACGCCUGGUACUGGGGAGACUUCUUCUACCUCAUCGACCAGGAGUUGACCUUUGACGGCGUCUUCGAGAUGGCCCCCCACCCCAUGUACUCGAUUGGAUACGCCGGUUACUACGGCAUUUCCAUGAUGGCCGCGAGCUACGAGGUCCUCUUCAUCUCAAUCGCUGCCCAUCUUGCCCAGUUCGCCUUCUUAAUGAUUGUCGAGAACCCGCACAUUGAGAAAACAUACAACCCGCCUGCGCCUCGUAAGCGACUCAUUUCGACGCCAGCCACUGGCCAGUCAGAGCUUGUCGCGAUCAGGUCUUCGGACACCGAGGAAAUCUUGGUCGACCAAACGACCUCGUCCCCGGAGCUGUCGUCCCAAGAGGCGCCUCCCCAAGUGCACAACUUGAUUGGCCUGAAUAACCUCGAUCUGUUCCGUGUCACAGACACGUCGGUGUUGCUGCUUGGCUUUUACUUGGCUGUCCUGGCCCUGGUCACGCCGUCCACCCCCUUGUUCCAAGCCCUCUUCGUAUUCCAUGCUCUGCUCUGGCGGGUAUGGUAUCAUCUUGGCCUAGGCGCCAUUCUCGCAUCGCAGUCACGCAAUAAGUUCUGGACGAGACACUUCCUCAAGUAUGGCGAGAGCCACACCGAAGCCUGGAACCAGUGGAAGGGCAUGUACCAUCUCAGUCUGGUUAUGGUGACAGGCUCCUUUAUAGCAGCAUGCUGGAAGAUGUAUUCGCCGCCUGAAGAUUGGGCUUACGGAUGGGUCCUCCUAAAGCACGUCAUUGGGGCUGGCCUCGUUGCGUUGCAGAUCUGGACGGCUGUUAGCGUCUACGACUCGCUCGGGGAGUUUGGCUGGUUCUACGGCGACUUCUUCUACGACUCGACUGCCAGGCUGACGUACAAGUCCAUCUACCGGUUUCUCAACAACCCUGAGCGAAUUUUCGGAACCGCUGGCUUGUGGGGAGCUGCUCUGAUCACGUGGAGCAGAGCCAUAUUCAUCAUGGCACUGGUCAGCCAGCUGUUCACCUUAGGCUUCAUCAACUUCAUUGAAAAGCCGCACAUGCAGAAGACCUAUGGCAGAGGCCUCCGACAGGAAGCAGGUCUGACCAAGUUCAUCAAGCGCUCUCUCCCGCCGCCUGUCCAGGGCUGGCAGCGAGGAGUCGACAAGGUGAUUGACGACACGGCCCAGUUCAUCGAGGAGUUCCUUGACUCCGCACGUCCCAAGUUCGCAUCCGGCAUCGAGACAAUCGUCCGCGAUACGUCGGCCUUGUUCAACAAGUAUCCGGCGCGGCUGACUGUGACCCGUCUGUCCCCCGACCUUGCCGGCCUGGACCCCAAACUCUAUUCCUUGUCCGUGGAGGGCACUCCCUCGAGCCACUCAGCGGCGAAUGAGCGGGCUACCGGCAAGGAGAGUGUGACGGCACGCUUCCACCAUGGCACCGAGACCUUGAUGUUUGACUACGGUUCCCCAUUAAAGGUCAAGUGGCGCGCCCCCGCGAAGCACGACAGCAAGGACUGGAUCGGGCUCUACAUGGUGACCGACAAUCGCUCUAGAAAAGUAACCGAGGUUUCUUCUUUGGGUCGAUGGGUACCCACCACGCCUGGCAACUACGACGCUGCGACGGCCGACAAGACAAUCCUGGUUCCGGAUCGCCCUGUGAAAAAGGAGGACCCGUCCGACCCCGAUCUGGUCGAGGGUGAGGUCGUUUUUGAAGGUGACCGGCUCUGGUGGACUCAAGGGGUCUUUGAGUUCCGGUACCAUCACGCCGGGGCUCACACUGUCAUGACCAUCUCGCAGCCCUUUGAGAUCCGCAUCGGCAAGUUUGACGAGGACGACGUCGAGGUCGAUGCCAACGGCAUGUACGAGAAGGCCGUCGAGCAAGCUUUGCUGCCCCUCGUGCAGAACUGCUGCGACCGGGACCCCGACAUUGCGCCCGCCACCGUCGACGAGCCAUUCGGCGGCCACGUCGAGCGGGACGGCAAGUAUGCAAAGCGCAUCGUCUAUGCCAUCCACCAGAUGUUUGGUAUUGAGUUUGCCCCCGCAAUCGUGCCUGCUGACGGAAACGUCAAGAAGAUGGCCUGGAGAAUCUGCAACGCAAAGCAGGUUCUGGGGAAACAGUACACCCACGACAUUUGA